AUGGAUGGGCCCCAGACCUCCACCCGUUUCUCCUUGGUGCUGCUGCUUCCACUGCUGCUGCUGCUGGGCCCAGCUUGGUGCACAGCCGCCCAGCGCUGCCCACAGAUCUGUAUCUGUGACAACUCCAGGCGACAUGUUGCCUGCCGGCAUCAGAACCUCACUGAGGUGCCGGACGCUAUCCCCGAGCUGACCCAGCGGCUGGACCUCCAAGGCAACAUGCUGAAGGUGAUCCCCCCAGCUGCCUUCCAGGCCCUCCCCUACCUGACACAUCUGGACCUGCGGCGAUGUCAGGUGGAGCUGGUGGCCGAGGGUGCCUUCCGUGGCCUGGGCCGCCUGCUCCUCCUCAACCUGGCCUCUAACCGCCUGAGAACACUGCCUCAGGAAGCGCUGGAUGGGCUGGGCUCGCUGCAGCGGCUGGAGCUAGAGGGAAACCUGCUGGAAGAGCUGCGGUCAGGGACGUUUGGGGCCCUGGGUACACUGGCCACAUUGAACCUGGCCCACAACGCCCUGGUCUACCUGCCGGCCAUGGUCUUCCAGGGGCUGCUGCGAGUCCGCUGGCUGCAACUGUCCCACAACAGGCUCAGCGUGCUGGCCCCUGAGGCCCUGGCCGGCCUGCCCGCUCUGCGUCGGCUCAGCUUGCACCACAACGAGCUACAGGCCCUGCCUGGACUGGCCCUAUCCCAGGCUCAGGGCCUGGUGCGACUGGAAAUGGGCCACAACCCACUCACCUACGUGGGUGAGGAGGACGAGCUGGUGCUGCCCAGCCUGCGGGAGCUGCUGCUGGACCAUGGGGCACUGCAGGCCCUGGGCCCAAGAGCUUUUGCCCACUGCCCACGCCUGCACACCUUGGACCUCCGCGGGAACCAGCUGGACAUGCUGCCCCCCCUGCAGGGCCCAGGCCAGCUGCGUUGGCUGCAGCUGCAGGGGAACCCGCUGUGGUGCGGCUGCCAGGCCCAGCCACUGCUUGAGUGGCUGGCACGGGCGCACGUGCAGGCAGACGGCGCGUGCAGGGGACCCCGGCGGCUGCGCGGGGAGGCCCUGGAUGCCUUGUGGCCCUCGGUCCUGCGCUGCCUGGGAAACAGCAUGGAGGAGGAGGAGGAGGAGCUGCUGGCCGCCCGGCCCCACGCCCCAACACGUGCCCCCCAGGAGAACGAGGGAGUGGCCCAGCCCUGCCCACGCCCCUGCACCUGCGCCUCUGAAUCCCGGCACAGCAGCUGUGAGGGCCACGGCCUGCGGGCUGUGCCCAUUGGUUUCCCCAACAACACCCAGCUCCUGGACCUGCGGAGGAACCACUUCCCCUCGGUCCCCCGAGCGGCCUUCCUUGGCCUGGGCCACCUGGUGUCCCUGUACCUACAGCACUGCCACAUUGCCAAACUGGAGGCAGGUGCCUUGGCGGGGCUGGGCCGCCUGGUCUACCUCUACCUCUCUGACAACCAGCUCUCGGGCCUCAGCGCAGCUGCUCUUGAAGGGGCUCCCCUCCUUGGGUACCUGUACCUGGAGCGCAACCGCUUUCUGGAGGUACCGGGGGCCGCCCUGCACGCCCUGCCCAGCCUCUUCUCCCUGCACCUACAGGACAACACUGUGGAAUGCCUGGCGCCUGGGGACCUGUUGGGGGCACGGGCCCUGCGCUGGCUCUACCUGAGUGGGAACCGCAUCACCCAAGUGUCUCCGGGGGCGCUGGGCCCAGCUCUGGAGUUGGAGAAGCUGUACCUGGACAGGAACCAGCUGCGAGAGGUGCCCACCAGGGCCUUGGAGGGGCUGCCCGCCCUGGUGGAGCUGCAGCUCUCAGGGAACCCGCUCAGGGCCCUGCACGACGGGGCCUUCCGUCCUGUGGCCCGGUCCCUGCAGCAACUCUUCCUGAACAGCAGCAGCCUGGAGCAGGUUUCUCCCAGGGCCUUUGAGGGCCUGGGGCACGGGCUCCAGAGCCUGCACCUGCAGGAGAACCAGCUGCAGACCCUGCCUGCCCUGCCCACGCUCAUGCGGCUGGAGCUCAUCGACCUCAGCGGCAACCCCUUCCACUGCAACUGCCAGCUGCUCCCGCUGCACAGGUGGCUCACUGGGCUGAACCUGCGAGUGGGGGCCACCUGCGUGGCGCCCCCCAGUGCCCGUGGCCAGAGAGUGAAGGCUGCGGUGGCUGCCUUUGAAGCCUGCCCAGGCUGGGCUGCCAGGAAGGCCAAGCGGAUGCCAGCACCCUGGCCCAGUUUCAGGAGAUCCCCCACCAAGGGGAGACGCCGGGGAGCACAUGAGGUUGGCAGUGGGGCUGGGGGCUUGGUGGGGUAG